AUGGAUGCCGAAAAGAAAGUCGACAAGAAAGAGCCCACCAGUGGAAGCGAGCAUAUCAACAUUAAAGUCGUUGGUGGUGACAACAAUGAAGUUUUUUUCAAGAUUAAGCAAUCGACCCCUUUGCGAAAACUGAUGGAUGCUUACUGUGAACGUCAAGGCAAAUCUCCAGGAUCUGUUCGAUUCUUAUAUGAUGGUCAUCGUGUGUUGGCCACUGACACGCCACAAGGUCUGGACAUGGACGAUGGCGAUACGAUCGACGUGAUGGUGGAGCAAAUUGGCGGCUGCUAG